AGGCUGGCUGUGUACCUUUGUGUCAAACUCCAGAUGGAGUUUGGAAGGGGGGUCCCAUUAUGGGCCCUAACAUUCAUGAUCUGCUGUAUCCAACAAAAAGUUUCUGGCACAGAAAAUCCUGAAACAGUUACCAUCAUCCCACCUCUGGCAACCACACCAAUAAUAACUUCCUUCAAUCCAGCUCACAACGGACGUGUAUGUAGCACAUGGGGCAACUUCUACUACAAGACGUUUGAUGGUGACAUCUAUCAUUUCCCUGGAGUCUGCAACUAUGUCUUUGCCUCUCACUGCAAUGCUCCUGUUGAGGACUUCAACAUCCAGAUCAGGCACACUAUUGGGGAAAAUACUACCCCCAUGAUCGAAACAGUGAGCGUAAAGGUUGAUGGGAUGAACAUUGAAAUGAACAUGAAUGGAGUUCUGGUUAAUAAUGAAAGGGUUCAGCUGCCUUCUAAAGUAUUUGGAUGCACUAUUGAGAUGUCUGGAGAUUAUGAGGUACUGGAUGCAAAGUCAUUCAUCCUUUGGCGGAAUAACGGCAGCGUAAUGCUGCAAAUGAAUGACAAAUAUGCCAAUCAGACUUGUGGGCUUUGUGGAGAUUUUAAUGGCAUUCCAACUUACAAUGAAUUCCAUUCAAACAAUGCCAAGAUAACUCCAUUGCAGUUUGGGAAUAUGCAAAAGAUGAAUGGGCCAACAGAAGACUGUGGUGAUCCUACAUCAUCAUCUCUGACAAACUGUGCCUAUGUUUCUACUGUUUGCCGGAAAACACUGAUGGGCUCUGCAUUCUCUGACUGUAAUAAUCUGGUGGAGGUGAAUAAAUACAUUGAACUUUGUGAGCAGGACUUGUGUUUCUGUAACCAAAGCACAAGUUUCUCCUGUCUCUGUGACACCUUUGCUGAAUACUCUCGGCAAUGUGCUCAUGCUGGUGGACACCCUCAGAACUGGAGAACCUCAGAUUUAUGCCCAAAGACAUGCCCUUUCAACAUGCAGUAUCAAGAAUGUGGAUCCCCCUGUGCUGACACUUGCACCAACUCUGAAAGAUCUCAGGUCUGUGAAGACCACUGUUUGGAUGGUUGCUUCUGUCCUGAAGGAACAGUAUAUGAUGACAUCAACAACUCUGGCUGUAUCUCCAUUCAGGAGUGCUCCUGCAUUUACAAUGGCAAAGUCUAUGCUGCAGGAACAACUUAUUCAGACCACUGCCGGUCCUGUUAUUGCAGUGGAGGCCAGUGGAGCUGCACGGAGAUGCCAUGCCCAGGAAUUUGCUCAGUAGAAGGUGGAUCACACAUCUCCACUUAUGAUGAAAAGCGUUAUGACGUGCAUGGAGACUGCACUUAUGUUCUCUCUAAGGUCUGUGAUGAAGACACAUUUAGUAUUCUGGGUGAACUCCGAAAGUGUGGCCUAACAGACACUGAAACAUGUUUAAAGAUGGUGGCCCUCAGCAUCAAUGGAGGCCUAACUACCAUUGUGGUGAAACCUGGUGGUGCUGUAUUUGUCAACUGGAUCUACACUCAGCUGCCUAUCUCAGCAGCUAACGUAACCAUCUUCAGACCUUCAUCUUUCUUUAUCACUGUACAAACAAACUUUGGCCUUCAGAUGGAGAUCCAGCUCACACCCUUCUUGCAACUCUUUGUUCGUUUGGAUCCCUCUUUUAAAGGGAAAACCUGUGGCCUCUGUGGAAACUUUGAUAGCCGUCAGAUAGAUGACUUCAGAGCCAUAAGUGGUGUGGUGGAAGGAACAGCCCCUGCAUUUGCUAACACCUGGAAAACUCAGGCUGCAUGCCCCAACAUCAAACAGAAUUUUGAAGAUCCUUGCUCCCUUAGCACUGAGAAUGAAAAAUAUGCCCAUCAUUGGUGUGGAUUGCUGACUGACUCUGCAGGACCUUUUGCCAAAUGCCAUGAUUCAGUGAAGCCAGAUUCUUAUCACAAGAACUGCAUGUUUGAUACCUGCAACUGUGAGAGAAGUGAGGACUGCAUGUGUGCUGCUCUCUCUGCUUAUGUCAGAGCCUGUGCUGCCAAAGGAAUUGAACUCCCUGGAUGGAGAACCACUGUCUGUUCCAAAUAUAUGACUUCAUGCCCCAAAUCACUGAAUUACAGCUAUACCAUCAGUUCAUGUCAACCCACCUGUAGGUCCCUGAGUGAACCUGAUGUUACCUGCAGCAUCAAAUUUGUCCCAGUUGAUGGAUGUACAUGUAUAAGUGGAACCUAUAUGGAUGAAUAUGGAAAAUGUGUGCCUGCCAGUAGUUGUCCCUGCUAUUACAGAGGAACGGCUUUACUUUCUGGUGAAGUUCUCCACGAUGCUGGUGUUGUCUGCACUUGUUCUCAAGGGAAGCUGAACUGCAUUGGAGACGGGGGCUUGAAACCAGUGUGCACUGCUCCCAUGGUCUAUUUCGACUGCAAAAAUGCCACUACAGGGAGCACUGGAGCUGAAUGUCAGAAGAGCUGUCAGACUCUAGAUAUGCAGUGUUACAGCACACAGUGUAUGUCUGGCUGCAUGUGUCCUGCUGGACUAGUGUCAGAUGGCAAAGGUAACUGCAUUGCUGUAGAAGAAUGUCCAUGCAUUCACAAUGAUGCUACUUAUAAUCCAGGAGAAAAGAUCAAAGUUGACUGUAACACAUGUGUAUGUCAGAACAGGAUGUGGAAAUGCACCAAGAACAAGUGCCUAGGAACCUGUGCUGUUUAUGGAGAUGGGCAUAUUAUCACCUUUGAUGACAAGCGGUACAAUUUCAAUGGGAAGUGUGAAUACAUUCUGGUUCAGGAUCAUUGUGGACAGAACAGCUCCUCCCAGGGAUCCUUCCGCAUCAUCACUGAGAAUAUUCCUUGUGGCUCGACUGGGACCACUUGCUCAAAAUCCAUUAAAGUCUUCUUCGAAAACUAUGAACUGAUACUCAGUGAUGAGCAGUCUAAAGUGGUAACCAGAGGUGGUGGUGGUGAGUUACCAUACAGAAUCCGCUCCAUGGGCAUAUAUUUGGUUAUUGAGACCAUCAGUGGGGUGAUCCUCUUAUGGGACAAGAAAACAAGCAUAUUUAUCAAAAUUAGUCCUGAUUUCAAGGGUCAAGUCUGUGGUUUGUGUGGGAACUAUGAUGGCAAUGGAAUUAAUGACUUUACAACCCGGAGCCAGUCUGUAGUAGGUGAUGUGCUAGAGUUUGGAAACAGCUGGAAGGUGUCUCCUACAUGUCCUGAUGCCAAAUGCACAAAGGAUCCUUGUUCGAUGAACCCUUACAGAAAAUCCUGGUCACAGAAACAGUGCAGUAUCAUCAAUAGUAAAGUCUUUUCAGCCUGCCACUCUCAGGUUGAUCCAGCUAAAUACUAUGAAGCUUGUGUGGUUGAUGCCUGUGCCUGUGACUCUGGGGGAGAUUGUGACUGUUUCUGCACAGCUGUGGCUGCCUAUGCUCAAGCUUGCAGUGAAUUUGGUGUGUGUAUAUCCUGGAGAACCCCAUCAGUUUGCCCUAUGUUCUGUGACUAUUACAAUGCUGAAAGAGAAUGUGAUUGGCACUACAAGCCCUGUGGAGCUCCAUGCAUGAAGACCUGUAGGAACCCCAGUGGCAGAUGUCUUUAUCAGUUACCUGGCUUGGAAGGCUGCUACCCAUACUGUCCUGCAGAUAAGCCAUAUUUCAAUGAAGAAGAUAUGAAAUGUGUUGACCAGUGUGGCUGCUAUGAUGCUGAGGAUAACUAUUACCCAAUAGGAACACACUUUGACUUGAGAGACACAUGUCAGUCAUGUAUGUGCACUAAUGAAGGCAUAAGGUGCAACUACAAUGGUCAAGCAUGCUACUGCCAUUAUGAAGGAAAGGAAUAUAUCUACAAGGAAGUCAUUUACAACACCACGGAUGGUCUGGGCUGGUGCAUGACUGCAACCUGUGAUAUCAAUGGAACAAUCCACAGAGAUGCUUAUAAAUGUGCCGGACUUACCACCACAUUACCACCAUUUACAUUUACUACCAUUCCAUCUACAAGUGGAGCAGAACCUACAACAACCGCAACAACAAUAUGUGUUCAUAAAGAAUGUGAAUGGUCAGAAUGGUUUGAUGUCAGCUAUCCAACAUAUGGAGAAAAAAAUGGAGAUUAUGAAACACCAGAUAUUAUUAGAGCCAGAGGACACAAUUUGUGUAAAUUUCCAGAUGAAGUAGAAUGUCGAGCUGAACGAUUCCCCAAUGUAAAAACGGAACUCCUUAAUCAAAAUAUACAAUGUACAAAAAACAGUGGAUUAAUAUGCAAUAACAAGGAUCAGAAACCACCAAUCUGCUUGAAUUACCAGAUAAAGUUCCUAUGCUGCAUGUAUACACCAUGUGAGACAACUUCACCAACCCCCAUGUUAACAUCGCAUGAAGGAACAACACCUUCUGAAUCUGUUUCCACAACAACCCAGGUCAGUGAAUCCGGGGGUGGUACUCUCCCACCAUCAGGUUCCACCUCACCUUCAGUCAGUGAAGCCACGCCAGGGGCCACAACAACUGCCACCUCCACAAGAACCCUUGUCAGCACCCCAGGCCUAACAAGCACUCCGCCAUCGUCCUCCAAAGCCUCCACACCUCCUCCCAUCUUGUGGACUACCACUCAGGGCACUACAGUUGUGGCCACAACUCCAGAAAAGGGAGCAACCACAACCCGUUCAACUCCGCUUUCCACCGUCCAAGUCACAACAGCAGGCUCCGUUAGCACCCCUUCAGUCACCUCAGUUGCCACUUCUCUGCAAUCCACACCUGUGUCCAAGCCAAUGACUUCAGUACCGACCAAAUUGUCUACACCAAAGGUCUCCAGCACUCCUUUUGGCAAAACCUCAACAACAAGAAUUGCAACUACUAGUUCUACAGGGUAUAUAUCUGUCACUUCAAGCAGAGUAACACCGUGUUUCUGCCAUGUGUCUGGGAUCAAUGGUGGCUUAUUUUCUCCUGGGAAUGUAAUAUAUAACAAGACUGAUAGUUCAGGGUGCAGUUUUUAUGCCAUUUGUGACAAAAAUUGUGAAGUCAAGAGAUUCCAGGGACCAUGUCCUUCAACAACUCCUUCCCGUCCACCAACUCCAUCAAUUACAACUGUAGGGAUGUCAUCUCAUCCAUCAACACCCACACCCACAAUGUUAAUACCAUCAACUAUACAACGCACUUCCUCAGCUCCAUCAACUGCACCAGUGGUAAUUCCAACAACACCUGUGCAAGAUUGCCCUAAUGCUGAUCCACCUAGAAAGACUAAUGAAACUUGGAUGUAUAACAAUUGCAGUAUAGCAACUUGUGAAGGGAACAACAGAAUUGUUGUUGAGCUUCCCCAACCUGUAGACAAGAUAACAUGUGCAAACAGACUCCCACCAGUCAAAAUAAACCAUGACGAUGGCUGUACCUACCACUAUGAUUGCACAUGUGUUUGCAGUGGUUGGGAUAAUUCUCACUAUGAAACAUUUGAUGGCACUAAUUACACUUUCCAUGAUAACUGUACCUAUGUCCUGGUGCAAGAGAUUGUGAAGAAACAUGGAAACUUCAGUGUGCUGGUGGAUAAUUACUUCUGUGACCCAGCUAAUAAACAGUCAUGUUCCAGAUCUAUCAUUGUAAAUUAUAACCAUAUGGAAGUAAUACUAAGCAACCAAAUUUACAAUGGAAUUAGAACUAAUAAGGUAAUUUUCAAUAAAGAGACAAUCCGUACAAGUUUCUCUAAGGAUGGCAUUAUAGUUGCAGAUACUGGAACUAGUAUGAGUGUUGAAAUCCUUGAUAUCCAUGCUUUCAUUAACUUCAAUGGAAUCACUUUCUCAAUACAAGUCCCAUUUGACCUGUUUGCAUUCAAUACAGAAGGCCAAUGUGGUACUUGUUCAAAUGACCAGUCUGAUGAUUGCCGCCUGCCGAGUGGUCACGAAGCUUCCUCAUGCUCAGAAAUGGCUUCACACUGGAAGGUUAAUGAUAACUGUGAAGAAGUAAUUCCAACACCAGAACCCACUGGGGCAACAACUACUCCUUCAAAAGUAACCUGCACUACUCCAUCUCCCCUGUGUGAGCUGAUUGUGAGCGAUAUCUUUGCAGAUUGCCAUAAAGUUCUGCCUCCCAAAGUAUUCUAUGACCACUGCCUCUCUGAAGUGUGUCAGAAUGCCAAUGAUUCUCUCACUUGCCACAGCAUAGAGAUGUAUGCUUCCCUUUGCAUCGAUAAAGGUUUUUGCAGUGAGUGGAGGAGCAAGACACAAGAAAAAUGUCCCUACCACUGCCCAAAAGGCAAGGUAUAUGAAGCAUGUGGUCCUGUUUAUCCUGCUACCUGUGAUAAUGGAAAAUUGAAUGCUACUGAGCAUGUUGCUGAAGGAUGCUUCUGCCCUGUAGACCAAAUCCUGGUCAAUUCAUACACCGACACCUGUGUUCCAGACUGCAAUUUCUGCAUUGGACCGGAUGGAUUUCCCAAAAUGCCUGGUACCAAAUGGAGGAGCAACUGUCAAGAAUGUAUCUGCGACCAAUUAUCUGUGACUGUACAGUGUAAGGCCCAACCAUGUUCCACACCAACCACAUCUGCUUGUGAGAAAGAAGGAUUCAUGCCUAUCUCUGUGUUGACACCAGAAGAUCCAUGCUGUCCAGAAAUUCAAUGCAUAUGUAAUACUAGCGUCUGCUCCAAUCAGAAGAAGUCAUGUGAACCUGGAUACCAGUUAACCUCAAUCCUUUUUGAAGGAGAUUGCUGUGUCUCCUUCUUGUGUGAACCAAUACCGGAUAUGUGUGUAGCCAAUGGAUCAGUUUAUACAGUAGGUGCAUCCAUUCCAAGUGACUCUUGUGAAACGUGCAUCUGCAGUCAUAAAAGAGACCCAGUCUCCAAAACAAAUCUUGUGGAGUGUGAGCCAAUUCAGUGUGAUACAGCAUGUUCAGUGGGUUAUGAGUACCAUGUAAACGCUGGAGAGUGUUGUGGAACAUGUAUCCAGGUGACUUGUACCAUCAACAUUAAUGGUACCACUCAGAUGCUCAAGCCUGGUGAUAUUUGGCAACCAGAAGCCAGUAACUGCAGCCAUUAUGAAUGUGAAAAAGAGGAAGAUAAAUUAAUUUUGGUCAACACUAGAAGGGCAUGCCCCAUCUUUGACCCAAAGGAGUGUUCUCCUAAUGAAAUUGAGCUGACUCCAGAUGGCUGCUGUAAAAUAUGCAAACCCACAACAAACUGCAAAGUUCAAACAAAUCAAAUUCUUGUCCGUCAAAAUGACUGCAUAUCAUCUGAACUAGUAGAACUCACCUACUGUGAAGGGGCCUGCCCAAGUUCUUCCAUGUAUUCCUCUGAGGCCAGGGCAAUGCAGCACAAGUGUACCUGCUGCCAGGAACUCAGGAGCCACAAGAAAGAGGUGUCUUUGACAUGUGAGGAUGGCAGAAUUAUCAAUUAUGACUACAUCUACGUGGACGAAUGUCAGUGCAUGACUGCAUGCAUUCCAGAAACCUCAGCCCCACAUUAGCGAGAUGAAGAUUCCAUCAUGUGAUAAAAACCAAAUGUGUACUAAAGUAGCUAAUAUCAACCACCACAUAGAGGAUAUGAUUUAUACAUUGGCUUAUUUUUGUCUGCAUUCCUUUAACUUUCAAUUGUUUUUCAUGCAACAUAGAGAUCCAAGGGUCCCAUAAAAUAAUUAAAUUUCCAUUUUGAAGUAUUUCAAAACAAUAUUACUCAGAACUGAAAAAAUUGUUAAGUUCAUAGAGUUCAUUCACUGGUGAAAAGUUCUUGAUGUAAAUCAAAUAAAAUCCUCUUUUUCUCCUGAAUUUUGAGGCCAUUUUUUAAAAAAGUGAAUUUGCUUGUAAUUAUAGGUUAUUGAACAUCUGUCACUUUGUGCAUGGAACAGUCAGUAACUGCUUUGUCGAACCAAAUUAGUAUCCUCUUUGCUAUAUGAGAAUUCAUAGUCACUUCAGUAUGGUGUUUGCAAAAAUAAUAAUAAAAGUGCUCCAAGGAUCCUUUAAAAUACAAUAAUGAUAUAUGCAUAUAAUCAUUUUUAUUUUUAAAAAAAUGUUUACACUUUUAAGUACUUUGCUGGUCAGUUGUGCCACAGCCCUUCAUAUUAUCAAGCAUACCUUUCUAUGGACUUAAUGUUCUGUAUAAUGUCUGCAGACUUCUAAAUGUGACAAAGUACAACUACUUCCCCGGUGUACCUCUGUUUCUUACGAGUAAUAAAACUUACACGCAUGUUUCAGCUUUGA